CCAGAAUGCCCAGAGAAAAUUUGAUUGUCUGGCUUGGUAACUACCAACCAAACUCACAUGUGCCCGAGCCAGGAGUCAAACACAGGUUGCCUUGGUUGAUACUGAUGAUCAAACAACAGAGAUGUGUUUGAGGUGUGGCAAAAGUAUUCCUCUUCAACGUCUUCGCCUCCAUAUUGAUGCUCGUGGGACUGAUGAGGUAGAUGCAGCCAGUGCAAAGAUGAGCCAGGGACAGAUUCCAGUCUGCAAAUUUGCAUGUUUCCCUGUCAGCACCAUAGAAGAGCAUGCUGCAAGUUGUUGUGAGAACCAGCUGUCUAAUCCCACCCUUGCUAGGACUCUUGAUGCAGAGUUAGAUGCCAUAGCAGCAAAGGUUGGAGACUGUAAUGAAAACUGGCUAAUCAAUGUUGUGAGGAGAAAUUUCUUUAAAACAACAUUUGAAGAACUAUCGGAUGCUUUGACAAUUGACUGGGAAAAACCUAUGAAAAUUCACUUCAUAGGAGAAGAAGGCUUAGAUGCAGGUGGCUUAACCAGGGCGUUUUUCAGCUUGUUGUUUAGGAACAAUGACCUUUUUGAAAAUGGAUCAUUUAGAUUAGAUUCAGGCCUGCUUGAAAAGAAGACUUAUGAAACAAUGGGAAGAGCUACUGUACGUGCCAUCCUCGCAGGACACCCAGGCCCAAAAUGUUUUAAUCCAUUGCUGGCCAGGUUCAUUUGUACUGGUGAAGAACCAGAUCUAGCAGAUAUACCAGAUGAAUAUGUUGGAAGGCCUGAUGUGUUAGCAGCCAUACAAGAGAUCUCAACAGACAGUACGGGAUCUGGAGACCUUGUUCAAAGACAUGGUGAUCUGCUGGAGCAGGCGGGCUUUAGAAAAGUUUUGUCAUCAUCAACUACCAGUGAAGCUGUACAUGCUCUGAAACGGCACUUCACCUUUUAUCAUGUGAUUGGACCACUUCUUCAAUUCAGACAAGGUUUGAAACUUCUUGGUGUUCAAACUGCCAUCCAGGGACAUGUCGAGGAGAGUAUAAAGUUCUUUACCACAUCUCCAGUUAGUGCGUCAGAUGUACAAAGUUUCUUCAAACCGACUUACACACCAAAUAGCGAAUUGAAGCCGAGGGAAGAAAUGAUCAUGUAUAACUUUGGGAAAUUCUUAAAGAAAGCGGAACGUAUGUACUUAAAAAAAUUUAAUAUGUUAUUCAUGUCUGCAUGUGAGCAUCUUUAUAUGCACUUCAAAUUUAACAGAACCCCCAGGGCUGUCCCUAAUUUUUAGACCCAGUAAAGGUCCCAUUCACCUAGCCAAGGAAUGUACCUAUUUCACCAAAUUUGGUCAAAAUUCCCCUCCAUUAUCCCAAAAUGUUUAACCUUUGAAAAAAUGAUUACAAGUCAAAUGGCAAAAAAAAAUCAUUGAUUAUUGACACUUCCUUGUGUAAU